UAACCUAACACUGCCAUCUGCUGAACAAUCCGACGAAUGAUGUCGCUUUGACGGCUUUGCCUUUAUCCAUGCACGUGUGUUUGCGUAUUGCACGGAUCGUUCGAUUUUUGGCGCACAACCAGACAAAUCAUGCCGUCCGACGCGAAAAAGAAACAGCAGCAGAAAAAAAAGGAAGCAGCCAAGGCCCGUCAAUCGGGGAAAAAACCACUCCAGGGUAAUCAGAACAAGACUGCGGAGGAUGGCAAGGAAUCAAGUCCUGGAGCGGGUGUCAUUCAAAACGGAACCAAUGGGACGCCUAUCAGUACCGAAGAGGCACUAUGUAUAAAACUGGAGGCAGAUGCCAAGCUAAAUGCAGAGGCACGCUCGUGCACAGGAUCAUUGGCUUCCCACCCACGAAGUCGCGACAUAAAGAUAUCUAAUUUUUCUAUUACUUUCCAUGGCUGUGAAUUGCUGCAGGAUACAAUGUUGGAAUUGAACUGCGGCAGACGUUAUGGCUUGCUUGGGCUUAAUGGCUCUGGGAAAUCUACUUUAUUAGCUGUACUUGGAAACCGAGAAGUUCCUAUUCCCGAUCAGAUCGAUAUCUUCCAUUUGACCAGGGAAAUGCCUGCUAGCAAUAAAACAGCUUUAGAAUGUGUGAUGGAGGUAGAUGAAGAGCGUAUACGAUUAGAGAAACUGGCAGAGGAGCUAGUCGAAUGUGAGGAAGAAGAUGCUCAAGAACAACUCAUGGAUGUCUAUGAAAGGUUAGAGGAUAUGUCCGCCGAUACGGCAGAAGCUCGUGCUGCUCACAUUUUACAUGGUUUGGGUUUCACUGCAAAAAUGCAAAAUACACCUACCAAAGAUUUUUCAGGGGGUUGGCGUAUGCGAAUUGCUCUUGCAAGAGCUUUAUAUGUGAAACCUCAUCUGUUAUUACUGGAUGAACCUACUAAUCAUUUAGAUCUCGAUGCCUGUGUAUGGUUAGAAGAAGAAUUGAAAACAUACAAAAGAAUUCUAGUUAUCAUUUCUCACUCGCAAGAUUUCCUCAAUGGUAUCUGUACAAAUAUCAUACAUGUCAAUAAAAAGCAAUUGAAAUAUUACAGUGGUAAUUAUGAAGCUUUUGUGAAGACAAGGAUGGAAUUAUUGGAAAAUCAAGUGAAGCAGUAUAACUGGGAACAGGAUCAAAUUGCACACAUGAAGAAUUAUAUAGCUCGAUUUGGACACGGCUCUGCAAAACUUGCAAGACAGGCACAAUCUAAGGAAAAAACACUGGCGAAAAUGGUAGCACAAGGCCUCACGGAAAAAGUAGUCAAUGACAAAGUACUGAACUUUUAUUUUCCUUCUUGCGGAACUAUUCCACCCCCUGUUAUUAUGGUUCAGAACGUUAGUUUUCGUUACAACGAAGAUUCACCUUGGAUUUAUAAAAACUUAGAAUUUGGUAUAGAUUUAGACACCAGAAUUGCAUUAGUUGGUCCAAAUGGAGCUGGAAAAAGUACUCUUUUAAAAUUACUGUAUGGCGAUCUAGUUCCAACCAGUGGUAUGAUACGUAAGAACAGUCAUCUUAGAAUUGGGAGAUAUCACCAACAUUUACACGAAUUAUUGGAUUUAGAUGUGUCGCCUUUGGAUUAUAUGAUGAAAGCCUUUCCAGAUGUUAAAGAAAGAGAAGAAAUGAGGAAAAUCAUUGGUCGUUACGGAUUAACUGGUCGUCAACAGGUAUGCCCAAUAAGACAAUUGUCCGAUGGUCAACGUUGUAGAGUAGUCUUUGCAUGGUUAGCUUGGCAAGUGCCUCAUCUAUUACUGCUUGAUGAACCGACCAAUCACUUAGAUAUGGAAACAAUUGACGCAUUGGCUGAUGCAAUUAAUGAUUUUGAUGGUGGAAUGGUGCUCGUGUCUCACGAUUUCAGACUGAUUAAUCAGGUUGCUGAAGAAAUUUGGGUUUGUGAAAAUGGUACAGUCACAAAAUGGAGUGGAAAUAUAUUGGACUACAAGGAACAUCUGAAGACCAAAGUGCUUAGUGACAACCAAAAGAGACAAAAGGAAAUGCACAGAAACAAAUAAUUCAAAUGACCUGCUCUGCCCAAUUUUUCUUUUCAAGUAUACUUUUUCUCUCUUUCUUAAACCUUUCGGUUUCUCGGACAUUUCUUCAUGUCUGUUGCUGACUUUGCGCUGCUAUGUAGCGUUUAUCAAUAAUUGAAGAUAUUUUUAGUUAAUUUAUUUAAACAAUAAACAGCGAACUACUUUGUGACAGCUACCGAGAUCUGUUCACGAUAGAAUUUAUCAUACUACUAACUUAGAGAUCCGAUGUUAUUAAUGUACUACGAAAAAUUAUAAAUUGGAUAUACGUAUAUACAGGUAUAUAUGUAUACAUAUAUACGUACACACAUAUAUAUACAUAUAUAUAUAUGUAUAGAUUAUUACAGAAACUACAGAAGAAAUAAAACACGUUUAAGUAUUACAAACACGCAACAAAUACUCGAAUUCUUCUCUUACGAUUUAACUUUAUUAUAAAGUCAUAUUUAACUAUAAAUUAAUUUGAUUCUUGAUAGAUAUAAAAAAAUAUAUGGAUGUGUACAAACAAACAAUUAUAAAUACUUAGUAUAAUCGAUAAAACGACACGAUUUCUUUCGAGAUAGAAUUUUUCAUCUUUCAUAUACAUAAGUUAUUAACAUCAUGGAAGACUAAAAUCUCACGGAUAUCCAUAUCACAAGAAGUAUAUCUCUGGUGUUCUUUGAUUGUGAAAGAUGUUUAAAUCUAUAUACAUAUAUAUCUUACGAUAUUUUUUAAUACGUCACGAAAGUAAUGUAUGCAUUUUUGUAACACUAUGAUUACAUGAAAUGUAAUACACUGAACAUUGUCAGUAGAAAACUCGAAAUUGCACUACUGGGUUUUGGACCUUGACAUAA